UUUGGACCGGGCAAAGAGCGAGCAACGUGACGCCCUUCUGGCGUUGACUGACUGGCUUCGUGUAGACUUCAUGUCCAAAUCAAGUUUCUUUCUUCUCCAGAUUUACCGGAGUGCCGGGAUUAGCUUUGCGCAGAUCCAAAGCACCAGUUGGCAUACCAUACCACUUGGGGCGCGACGUGUCUCCUAAACAAAGACCGUGCCGCAGCCGGCGCGUUGUCUGCCAUCACGAUGACAGCUUGGGAUGUAAACACCCCGCCUGUCUCGUCCCUGUCUCGUCUUCUCUCUUCGCACCCAGCUACACCUUGCAACGUUGUGCAGAGUGCUCCCCGAGCGCGCCAAAGCUCGCUGACGCCAACAGCCUCAUAUCUUGCGUGCUUCGUCCUGGUGGACCCCGGAUAACAGCCAUUGGCCAAUCAACUGCCUGGAUCUGGGUCAGUUCCGGACUCGGGAGGAUGACUCUAUGAUUUCCACCGACAAAAUCAGAAUGAGCAUGACCGCAAUGAGGAAAUCAAAUCUGCUCAUAUUAUUGCACUGGUGGACCACCGCUGAUACGCCAGAGUUGUGUUUAUCGUGCAUUAACGACACAAUCGGCAGCGUGCUUGAUCGAAUACUAACCACAAGUGGAAGAAAUAGCAGAAACUGUGCUCCAACCCCAGAAUCCGAGAGUCAUACCAUGCAUGUAUUCUUAGAAGAUGUGGAGAGAUAUGUUUCCAAUCGGCUGAUGUGGACGCGCGGAAUGCAUGGUAUCUGAUUGUUUGCCACGAUAUUGUGCAAUCUUACCUUGUAAGCACCCACUGCUGACCAAGCUCAUAUAAGGUCAGUUGUUGUCCCAUGUUCGUAUUCACACCGCCAGGUGAACACAACCACGCACUUCUUCCUGGUAUAAACGAUCCAGGGCUGAAUUGAUAUUCCAUCGUCGUCGACACAUCUCCAAGUCAACAUGGCUCCUCAUGCCGAAGAUCCAAUCCAGGUGGAAUAUCGUCCAAGUUCCUGGGCUGGCACGAAAGAAGUGAAUGGAACUGAAGUGGUUCCCAAGGACAAGCCCGCUCACGAAAAGCGAAGUCUAGCAGACACAUACGAACCGGGGAGGACACCCGUGGAGAAUCAUGAUCGCUACGAAUUCGACUAUCUACUCCCCCGCUUCCCGGACGUUCAUUGGGAUGGGUUGAAGGAAAUCCCAUACGAAGACAAAGGGCUGCGCGGAGACCCUCGAUUUCGAAAUCUGCUGGACGCUGCCGACGAUGUGUUCGACUACGUUCCAAAAAUUGGAACUGAAAUCACCGGAGUCAGGCUAGCUCACCUUACCGAUGCUCAGAAGUGCGAUCUGGCCAGGCUGAUCGCAACCCGCGGGGUUGUUUUCUUCCGAAAUCAGCACGACUUCGAUAUCGAGGCUCAACGGGAACUAGGCAGGUUCUUCGGCCAGCUGCAUAAACAUGCCACAACGGCCGUUCCACGACAGGAAGGUCUGGAAGACGUCCACGUUGUCUACACAACCGACAAGUCCCUUGAUCAGCGAGCUCUGUUCACUCCCACGUUCUUGUGGCAUUCCGACGUGAGCUACGAAGUUCAACCACCGUCAUAUACUUCUUUGAAGGUGCUCACAGGGCCUCCGCGAGGCGGUGGAGGCGACACCCUGUGGUGCUCUCAAUAUGCAAUCUAUGAUGUGCUUUCAACCCAUAUGCAGAAGUACCUCGAAGGAUUGACAGCCUUGCAUUCAGCCGAUAUGCAAGCUCAAGACUCUCGGGCUGGAGGGAGACCAGUGCGGAGGGAGCCCGUUACGACGGAACACCCACUCAUUCGGGUGAAUCCAGUCACCGGAUGGAAGUCUGUCUUCUUCAACCCUGGCUUCGUGACCAAAAUCGUGGGAGUUCCCAAGGCCGAAAGUGAUGCUAUUAUUAAAUAUCUCAACGAGCUUAUUGCCACCACUCAAGAGGCUCAUGUGCGGUUCCAGUGGGGAAAGCAUGAUGUUGCUUUCUGGGAUAACCGAGUGACCAACCACUCGGCAUCGUAUGGGUUCACGCCUCACAGGCGCCAUGCAGUUCGAGUGGCUGCAACCGCUGAAAAGCCAUACUUCGAUCCAAAGGGAAAGUCCCAGGAAGAAGAGUACAACAAGAAAUGGGGAUUGCCACAGACGAACAAGGAUGGUUCGCUGAAAUCCAACUAUAAUGAUUGAAUGUUGAAUGAUCCAGGAGUGAGAAACUGGGGAAAUGCCAUACUAAUGCAUGAUAUGAUUUUAUUUUCCACUUAUUCUCCAGAGAAGAGCAUUCAUUCUAAGCCUG